AUGUCUCAAAACGCCACUACCGACUACCCAGUCGAGGCAACAACAUCCGAAAGCUCCCCCAACUCAAUGGUUGGGCGCAAGAAGCCAAAGAAGCUGGGCCAGGGCCAACUUCAAAAAGCCCCUCCACCAGAGUUCUACCAAGACGACGAGGAUGACGAGGGCGCCAUGUCCGAACCUGCUCCCCUGCCGCCUGCAAGGAGGAGCGGAGGCCGCCGAAUGGUGCCGGUGCACCAGUCUCGCAUCUCGGACCGACCAGCGAAAGUCGGCGAGAAGGACAGCAGCCUGAAGAUCAAGAUCGAGUUGGACCUGGAAGUUGAGGUAGAGAUUUACGCUCGAGUGAAGGGUGAUGUGACUAUUGGGCUGAUGUAG